AUGGCAAUAAAUGUUAAGAGCGUCUGGCUCGGCAUGAAACACGCAGCAGGUCAAAUGCUCAAGCAAGAUGCUCACCCUUUAGGUGAAAGAGGGCGGGUCAUCAAUCACUGUAGCAUUAUGGGUUUGGUGGCAUCGACCGGCAUUGGUCCUUAUCGUGCUUCGAAAGGAACCGUGUUACAGAUGACGAAAGUCGCGGCGCUGGAAUACGCCACAGAUAAGAUCCAUCGGAACUGUAUCAAUCUAGAAUAUGUGGUGACCAGCCUGAACCACCUUCUUUUGGCCGGGAAUACGUAUUAA